AUGAACCGUGACGUCCGCGACUGGGUUCGCACCUGGCAAUCGUGCCAGCGCUCAAAGGUCCACCGUCAUACUUUCACACCCAUUGGCAAGUUCGACAUACCCGACAUCCACUUCGACCAUGUUCACCUGGAUAUCGUCGGGCCCCCUCCUCCAUCGUCCGGGUACUGUUACCUACUCACUGCUGGGGACAGGUACAGCAGUUGGCCCGAAGCUACGCCCAUGGCGGACAUAGGGCGUCAGUUUGAGAGCACCCUCUUCAACGCCUUCACAAAGCUGCUCGGCACCACCAGGUUCCGCACCACUUCAUACCAUCCUGCAUCAAACGGCCUCGUCGAGCGCCUUCACCUACACCUCAAGACCGCGCUCAUGGCUCGCGAGGAACGUGACCAUUGGGUUAACCACUUACCCCUGGUGCUCCUGGGCAUCCGUGCCACCCUGAAGCCCGACCUCGGCUGCAGCUCCGCCGAACAAGUGUACGGGUCUGCUCUUCGGCUCCCUGGCUUUCUCCGUCCCUCCACAAUACCCGCCCGCCCCCGCGGAGUACCUCCAGCGCCUCCAACGUUUCUUUGCCUCCCUUCGGCCGACCCACACCCGUACGGACUCCUCCCGCAAGACGCCGUCCGUUGGGCGCUCACGCCUCCAUAUUCAGGGCCGCACACCAUCCUCAGCAGGGGCGAGAAGACUUUCCGCAUUUUCAUCCGGGGAAAGCCCGAAACCGUAUCCGCUGAUCGAAUCAAGCCUGCCUUUGUGGAGUGCCCUACCAUUGCGGCCUCCUCAGCUUCAGAAGACGACUCCGACGACCCACCACGGAACCUACACCCACGUCGCCAACCUCCACAUUCGCUCCGCCUGCCCCCUCUCCUAAACGGGUGCACUGGUCGGACAGCCCUUGUCUGUCUCUAG